AUGCCCCUUGUUCCUACUAGGAGAAGGAUUGCUCAUGUGCCACAAGUGAUCCUCCUUGCAUUUUACUCUUCACACAGAAUAGGAAGGAGGUUUGCUUGCUUUGCGCAGAGGCUGAGCCACAGGAGAAAGCAGAGCCAAUGUGAUUUAUUGAAUGAAAGCACUGGACAAUUACCAGCAACUUGCUUCCCUGCUGCCUCAAACAACCUAAACUGGAACUGUCGUGUGAAAAUGACCCAACAAAUGCAGAAUUUACAUCUUUCUCAGUCAAAAAAGCAUAGCGCCCCUUCGUCUCCCAAUGCUGCCAAACGCCUGUACCGGAACCUCUCAGAGAAGCUGAAAGGGAGCCACUCUUCAUUUGAUGAGGCCUAUUUUAGGACAAGAACUGACCGGCUGAGUCUCAGAAAGACUUCGGUGAACUUCCAGGGCAAUGAAGCCAUGUUUGAAGCAGUUGAACAGCAAGACAUAGAUGCCGUGCAGAUCCUCCUGUAUCAGUACACACCAGAAGAACUAGAUCUCAACACACCUAACAGUGAGGGGUUGACACCUCUGGAUAUUGCCAUCAUGACCAACAAUGUACCCAUUGCUAGGACUCUUCUGAAGACAGGGGCCCGAGAAAGUCCACACUUUGUCAGCCUGGAAAGCCGAUCUAUGCACCUCGACACACUGGUGCAGGAAGCCCAGGAAAGGGUGAAUGAACUAUCUGCUCAGGUGGAGAAUGAAGGAUUCAGUCUGGACAACACAGAGAAAGAGAAGCAGCUGAAAGCUUGGGAGUGGAGGUACCGACUCUACAAGCGCAUGAAAACAGGCUUUGAACAUGCCAGAGCCCCCGAAGAGCCAGCCAGUGCUUGCCUCGUGGUAACCAGCAGCACGUCACUCACUGUCAGCUUUCAAGAGCCUCUUAGCGUCAACGCAGCUGUAGUAACCAGAUAUAAAGUGGAAUGGAGCAUGUCUAAAGACUUUUGUCCUUUGGCUGGAGAAAUCAUCAUGGAAAACCUGCAGACCCUGAAAUACACAAUCACAGGACUUACAACGGGCCAACAGUACUUUGUUCAAGUGUCGGCUUAUAACAUGAAAGGAUGGGGACCCGCUCAGGCCACGACUCCGGCAUGCGCUUCUCCUUCUAACUGGAAAGACUAUGACGACAGAGCGCCCAGACACAAGGGACAGAGUGAAGUUUUGGAAGGUCUGCUGCAGCAGGUCCGAGCCCUUCAUCAGCAAUAUAGUUGCCGGGAAAGUUCAAAAGUGCAAACCUCGGGCCGCAAGCCGUCAGUCUCCAGGAGCCUGAAACAUCUAUUCCAUUCCUCAAACAAGUUUGUGAAGACCUUGAAACGGGGACUCUACAUAGCUGUUAUAUUUUAUUACAAAGACAAUAUGUUAGUCACCAAUGAAGAUCAAAUACCGAUUGUUGAAAUAGAUGACUCUCACACCAGUUCCAUUACACAAGAUUUUCUGUGGUUCACCAAGCUGUCUUGUAUGUGGGAAGAUAUAAGGUGGUUGAGGCAAAGCCUACCUAUCUCCAUGUCCUCGUCCACAGUACUACAAACUCGGCAGAAGAUGCUUGCAGCAACAGCCCAGCUACAGGUGAGGGGCCAGGUCUCAACCUACCAGAAAAUGGCAGAGCUGAAAUCUGAAUUCAGAUCUUCUGACUGGAAGCAGGCUUCGUCCUGCUGUGUCAUCACAUCACCUUUGGAGGCAGGAGUUAGGCUUUUGGAUAUUCUCUCCUAUCACAAAAGGAGUCAUCAGCGUCUCUCUCCUGGAUUAUAUCUGGGUUACCUAAAGCUGUGUAGCUCUGUGGACCAGAUCAAAGUUCUUGUUACCCAAAAGCUGCCCAACAUUCUCUGCCAUGUGAAGAUCCGUGAAAACUAUAACAUUUCCAAAGAGGAGUGGGAAUGGGUCCAAAUGCUUUCUGGCUCUGAAUCUAUGGAAAGUGUGGAUCAUACUUCUGACUGCCCCAUGCAAUUGUUCUUCUACGAGCUCCAGAUGGCAGUGAAAGCUCUCCUUAAGCAGAUCAAUAUACCUCUACAUCAGGCAAGGCACUUCCGCCUCUACACACAGGAGGUGUUGGAAAUGGGUCACAAUGUGUCCUUUCUUCUCCUGCUCCCUGCCUCAGACGACGUCUGCACAGCCCCAGGACAGAAUAAUCCUUACACCCCACACUCAGGGUUUCUUAACCUCCCUCUUCAGAUGUUUGAACUUGGUAUAGUAGCUUGUUUCACCUAGAAAUAUUAACCCAGCCUCCUUAUAAUAAAAUCACAAAGUUAUAUCUGUUCCCCCUUGUCCCAGUGGAGGGUCAAUAAAUCACAUGAUGGCUUUGGCAACAACCCUUCCUAGAACUGUGUACAAGCCUGAGAGAAAGCAAAGCUCCAAGACUAUGUGCCUGAGCAAUAAUUACUGAAACUUAGCUAAGGCCCAAUGGAGAGGAGGGACUUCUAAACAGAAAGUUCAGUUAUCAGGCUGCAGUUCUUGCCUCCCCCUUGCUUUCCUAAAGCAUAAAUAUAAGAACUGAUGUUUUCA